CGUGAAAUUUGAAUGUUGUACUUGGACAGUAAAUUUUAAAGUCUCGUCAAGGAAAUUAGGAUGGGAGGUUUAGAAGAAAUAAGAGAAUUUUUGUUUUUAGAGCAACUCUAAUCUAAUUCAGGUCAUUAACCGAAAGGCUCUAACCAAGCCCUAAGAACUAGACGUGAGAGAUCAAAAACUAUCAGUUUUCGAAGCUCACACGAACAAUAUUGGAUAUUGGAUGUCAAGGGCAACUUCGCCCAAAAUAUGUUCUUCAAGGUACUUAAUAAUGGUGGGUGCUGUUGCAAACAAGUGGUCCUUAGAUUUGGACACAAAUCUGAGUUUUCUAGUCAAAAAUUGAUAUUCGAUCAGUUCGUCAAACGAAAACAACGUGCUCGUUCAGCACUCAUUGAAAACCCACAUAUAUAUGACUAUAUACGUGAGGAUGUUGCUAGUCGACUGGCUGAUCGCUUAAGUGAUAUAUCAAGAAAAUUUGACGUCGGUUUGGAUUUUGGUUGCGGUAGGGGUCAUUUGUCUCAAUUCAUCACAUCUGAAUCUGUUGGUUUUCUUUACCAACUGGACAGUUCGUCCGAAAUCCUGGAACAGACUAUACCAUCUCCAGAUGUUCCCACACAUAACGUUCACUGUCCUGAAUCUAUUUUACCUUUUCGACCAAACACUGUAGAUUUGGUUCUGAGCUGUAUGAGUCUUCACUGGAUCAAUGAUCUACCUGGUGUACUAAAACAAAUAUUAACAUGUCUACGGAAUGAUGGAUGCUUUUUAGGUGUUAUGCCGGCAAUUGAUACGCUGUAUGAACUGCGUGUGUCUUUACAGCUGGCUGAAUUAGAAAGGCUUGGUGGUAUUUCAUCGCAUAUUAGUCCGUUUGUUGACAGUGUUGAUAUGGCGGAUUUAUUACAAUGUGCUGGAUUUAAUUUAAUCACAUUGGAUGUAGAUGAAAGUGUAAUUCAUUAUCCCAAUAUGUUUACACUUAUGGAUGAUUUGAGAUGUAUGGGUGAAUCAAAUGCUGUUGUACAUAGACCUCUUCACCUCAAUCGAGAUGUCCUGCUCGCCGCCUCAGCAAUUUAUGAUGAGAAAUUUAGUGUAACUCGUACAGGGGGAGAAAAAAAUGAACGUUGUAUUCCAGCUACUUACAGGCUGUUAUUCUUUAUUGGAUGGAAAUCUGACCCUUCUCAGAGUAAACCUCUUCCUCGCGGAAGUGCACAGUAUUCCUUGAAAGAUCUGCACAGAAUCGAUGAACUUGUUAAAUCACAUUUGAAACAGUAAACUCAUUUGUGAACUUCAUUAUAUAAUACGGUACAUUUGUAAAUAAAUUUUUACACAGAUUUAUGUCUUGUC